UUGACCUAGAAUUCUCGACAUUCCCGCCAUCCAUGGUGGUACGGUGUUGGGUUGUGUGCUGUCUGAUGUUUUGUGCUGUCAGAUCGUUUGCAUUGUCAAACGCCUCAGCAAAGUGUGUUUUACCUGUGGUAUACAGUGCACGGCAGUUUCUGUGCGAGUUGAGGCAACCCUCGCUCGGAAAUAGGACGACUUUUUCCCGCCAAGGUUCUACCAUGUCUGCAGAGGGGGGAGGGGCGGAGGCCAAGUUGGCUGCGAUCCCUGAUGUUGAGAUUGACCCUGACGGCAAGUUCAAGUACAUCCUGAUCCGUUGCCAUGGUCCCGGUGAUGUCAGUAAGGACAUUGUCAGGGGGUUCGCAUGGGCAGAGUACCAUGACCACAUCUACGGGAAGGUGAAGCCUGUGCUAGAUGAGCUGCAGAUCCAGUCCCAAGUGCUAGGGGGCGGAAAGAUCACCCAUGAGAGCGCAGAGAAGAAAAUCCAUGUCUAUGGAAAAUCCACUGGUUUUGGCCAGGCUGACCACUCCAUCACUGUGGAGAAACUCAAGAAGAAGUUUCCUGACUACUCCAGCAUCACCUUCAACAAUGAGGGGUACUGAAGACAUGAACAGUGUGACAACUUCUUAAAGACUGGCUCUGCAGAGUUUCCUUUCCAUACAUUCAAGGCUUUAAGAGUAUGAUUAUGCCCAGGAUACAAGGCUGAUUUGCCAACAAUGUUCCAACCUCUUGAAGAAUGGCUCUGCAGAGUUUCCAUUUCUUACAUUUAAGGCUUCAAGUCUU